CAGAAAAGGCUUUAGUUUCUCUGCUUCUUGUCUCAUUAUGUGGGAAACGGAGUAUUUUUGUUUUUCCUAAUUCGUUUCUCCGUUUGGGAGGAGGGUGAAAACGGCUCGAACAAGAGGGAGGAGAAAGCCCUGGCAGCGAAGGAGAAGGGGAGCAGCCAGACUUUGCCUGCUUAUUCAGCUUUGAGUGCUGCACUGCGCCGCCUCCACUUGUGGGAUGUUCUCAUUCUCCUUUGGCUGCACUUCUCCUCCACUCGCACAUUAGGACUCCUGAGGAAUUUUUAUGCUCAUUUUCUUGGAGGAGGGCUAAGAGAGGGAGAGACUCUUCAGCCCUGAUAGCUUAACACACACACUUUUCCUCUCUUAACCUCCCACAUACAUACAGUGGUACUGUACGCUGCUCUGGCUCUGCGCUGCACCAAGGUAACUGAGUGGAUCUAGCUUUAACCAUCUGGUCGGAGCUCACAGGAAACCUGCUCAGAGGAGGUGGUGGGGAGGGAGGGAGGCGAAGGACGAUGCAACACUAAAACACAGAACAGCAAAGAGUGAGAGCGAUCCACAGACAGGCAGCGAUCCGGACAGGAUGGCCACAGCAGUGUUCCAGGUGUCUUCCUCUUGUGUUCCAGCGACAAACUAUGAGCUGGCACCAAGCAGUAACCUCGCUCUCAAGCAUGUAGACACCAUGGGUUCAACAAAAUCCUCAAAGAGCAUGGAGUCACGGAGAAGACCGUCCAGAAGUGCGAGCCUCCUGCAGGCGCUGGAUGAAGGCUACGAGCUGGACCUGAUCUACAUCACAGAAAGGAUCAUCUCGGUGUCCUUCCCCAGCAGCGUGGAGGAGCAGAGCUACGCCGCUAACCUCAGGGAGGUGGCCUCUAUGCUGCGCUCCAAACACGGACACAACUACCUGCUCUUUAACCUCAGUGAGAAGCGCCAUGACAUCAGUCAGCUGAACCCAAAGGUGUUGGACUUCGGCUGGCCUGACCACCACGCUCCGGCCCUGGAUAAAAUCUGCAGCAUCUGCAAAGCCAUGGACACUUGGCUGAGCGCCGACAGCCACAACGUGGUGGUGAUACACAACAAGGGUAAUCGGGGCAGAACCGGCGUGGUGGUGGCUGCCUAUAUGCACUACAGCAACAUAUCUGCCAGCGCUGACCAGGCUCUGGACAGGUUCGCCAUGAAGCGCUUCUAUGAAGACAAAGUGCUUCCUGUGGGUCAGCCGUCUCAGAAAAGGUAUGUUGAGUACUUCAGCGGGUUACUCUCUGGCCAAAUCAAGAUCAACAACAAACCGCUCUUCCUUCAUCACGUCAUCAUGCACGGCAUCCCUGACUUCGAGUCCAAAGGAGGUUGUCGUCCCUUCCUUAAAAUCUACCAGGCCAUGCAGCCCGUCUACACAUCUGGGAUCUAUAAUGUUCAAGGCGACAGCCAGACAAGCAUCUGUAUCACCAUUGAACCUGGUCUCCUUCUGAAAGGGGACAUCCUGCUGAAGUGCUACCACAAACGCUACCGCAGCCCCUGCAGAGACGUGAUAUUCCGGGUGCAGUUCCACACCUGUGCCAUCCAUGACCUGGGAAUUGUGUUUGGGAAGGACGAACUGGACGAGACAUUUAAAGAUGACAGGUUUCCAGAAUACGGAAAAGUGGAGUUUAUUUUCUCACUUGGACCAGAGAAAAUCCAUGGUCAAGGUAUGGACCACCUGGAAAACGGGCCGACAGUCUCGGUGGACUACAACACCCAGGAUCCUCUGAUUCGCUGGGAUUCCUAUGAAAACUUCAACCAGCACUGCGAGGACACCACUGAUGACGUCAUCCAUACCCAAGGACCUCUGGAUGGAAGUCUUUAUGCCAAAGUUCGUAAAAAGGAGUCUUCUGAAGGACCAGUUACGUCGAAUGGACUUCCAGCCGCUGCUGUUGAACACACUUUACCAGCCGGUGACCACGCCCUGUCAGUGAGCAGUGAUUCAGGAAACUCCACCGCCUCCAUCAAAACUGACCGAACGGAUGAAGCCACAUCAGCCACACAAGCUUCCACUGUGAGCCAGACUCACAUUACUGCGGGCGAGGAGUUACCUUCGGUCCAUCAACAACCUCCACCAGCUCAACAACCUAUAAGUCCCAAGGAGAAGAAGGAGUUAGAGCAACUACUGAGUGGAUUGGAGGGGCCCUUGCACAGACAGGCCUAUCUUUCCACCCAAACAUCUACUGCCAGUGCAGGAAUGCUUCACCUGGUGCCCGCCCAGGUCCAUGUUAAUGGGCACAACGGCAUUGACCGAGAAACGGACAUCCUAGAUGAUGAACUGCCCACCAGCCAAGAGGGCAACAGUGUGGACAGUCUGGGGACAUUUUCUUCCACAGAUGGACGAGCUACACCCGCUGACCUUUACUACCAGUCUGAGGGAUUUAGCAACGGCCAUGAGCCUGUGCCAUAUCUGGAGCGCAAUGUUCCACAAAAACCUCUGGAAACCAUUCAGUCCUAUGUUAGCAGGUCAAAUAGACCUGGUGGUCAAAUGCAGAGUGAUCCGACAGCACCACCGGAAAACUACAUGGCUACACAGAAUGGCAGCCUGUUCCGCUCUCGUUCCUUUGGUGCCGAGCCCAAGUCCAUGCCAGAAGCUCCAGCCCGCACCACCAGCAGCAGAGAUGCCGUCCAGCGUGGUCUAAAUGUCUGGCAGCGGUUUGGAGUUCCAGAGGAGCCUGUAACUGAAGGCAUCACAUUUAGUCCACUUCCAUCGAUGUCGAUGUCCACUCAUCAUAGCCUGCCACAGUUCCCGCACCGACACAGUGCCUCUCAGGAAGAGAUUGAGCAGUCUAUUGAAACCCUCAACCUGCUCAUGCUGGACCUGCAACCUGGCCAUUCAGCUGUGUCAAAAUCCCAAAGCACCCCAUUGAGGGAAGCCGUAGUUACCACGCAGCCGUCUUUCUCCCAGAGCCAAACCAGACCGUCCCACCAGACUGAUGCCGCCCUUCAUGUUCCUAUUCCUGUGUCCAGCUUGGCUAGCCAUUCGUCAACAGCUCACACGUCAUCUGGAAAGCCAGGCUCACCCGAGCCUACACCUUUCAAUGUACCUUCAAAUUACUCCUCUUCAACCAUUGGUUCUUCACAAACCCUGCCCUCUUUAAGCAGCCACCAUCAGUUCAAACCGUCAAGCACAUUCCCAACAAGUAUCCAGACCCAAUUCUCAGAGGUUCCUCAAUCUCAAAGAAGCCCUAGUGCUGCCUCAGUAUCAUCUCAACCAAGAGACAGUGAACCAGAGGAAGUUUUCAAUGUAGAAGGUCUGGUGGCACAGAGAGUGGCUGAGUACUCGGCUCGAGUCCAAAACAUCAACCCCAGCAUGACCUCUUCUCAGUCAGAGCACCGCCGCUCUCACUCCCUCUCGGGGGUCCAGGCACGUCCAGCCCCUUUGGAUGAACCAGCAAUCCUUCCCCGACGCCGCGUCACCAGUGAGGGACACUCAGACGACGCUCUGUCCCCAGAUGUCCCCGUUCGCUCACCCAUCCGCUGCGUUUCUCCAGAGUUUGUCAACGCCAUAGCGAUGAACCCUGGAGGACGUCCCAAGGAGAGAAACAUGCACAGCUACCGGGAGGCCUUUGAGGAAAUGGAGGGAGGCCCCGUCAGUCCUACAGCCACAUUUGGUGGUGAGGCGUUAACCCAAACCCCCGCCUUCCCCGUCUCACCACAAACCCCUUACUUCAACCUGUGCCGCUCCCCUCCUGGUCUCGCCAAGACUCCCCUGUCCGCCCUGGGGUUGAAGCCCCACAACCCGGCAGAGAUCCUCCUCAACCAAACAGGCUCAGGCCCAAGAAGCUAUGUGGAGUCUGUGGCGAGGUCUGCUGUGGUGGCUGGGGAGCCGCCAUCAUCACCUCAGAGCCUCAGUCCCCCUGGUGACCCCAAGAGUCUGAGCCCGGCCAGCCAUACACUGAACCCACCUUUAUCAAGCAGCAGUCCCAUCCAGAUUUCACAGGGAGACCGUCUCCAAGCAGAGAGCAUCAUUAACAUCCCUUCCCAACCAACUGUUGAUUCUGGGUUCCACUCCCAUCCUACAGAAAGUUCUUACGCGACUCGUUCUCCAUCCAAUCAAGACCUAAAUCCAUCCAGUUCUCCCUACCUGGACUCCAGCUCCCCAACCUCCUCCUAUCUCGGAUCCACAACCCCAACACUGUCCUAUCUUGGCCCUAGCAGCCUACUGGGUAGUUAUCCAAACUCCAAUUCCAGCCCAGCUAUCUCAGAACCCUCCAAGACCACAUUUAACCAUGAAGGUCUCCAGCAACAGCCCAACUUCCACAGCUCCAACUACAACCCAGUCCUUCAGCAGCACUUCAGUGUUAAACAAGAUGCACCCAUCCAGCCGCGUCAGAAGUCCCCGUCUAAUGGCUUUGAAGUAGUGAUGGCAGGGCUGGGUGGCAGCCCAGUCCUUGGUCGUCAUCGGUCACAGGGGGCGCCGGGCAGUCCCGUUCUCAACAGACAGGCCUCUUUAGGACAGGGAUCACAGCACAGCCCCGUCCUCAGCAGGCAGCCAUCUUUGGGUCAGCCCAUUCAGAGCAGCCCUGUUCUUAGCAGACAGCCAUCUAUCACACACCAACAGGGAAGCCCAGUGCUGGACCGUCACCCAUCUGUUCCACAGAUGUCGCAGAGAAGCCCCAGUUUAGAUCGCCACCCCAUGCACAGCGGCUACACUACACCAGAUGAAAGACAUGGAAACCUGUCGAGACAGAGUAGCUCUUCGGGCUACCAGGGACCCCCCACUCCCUCCUUCCCCAUUUCCCCCGCUGGCUACCCAGAUGGGGGGAUGGGCAUAGGUUUCAGGCAGGGUAGCCCGGCCCCCGGUUUCCAGCCUCAACUCCCAGAGAAAAGACGCAUGUCGAGCGGAGAUAGACCAAACGGAGCGCUGUCCUACGGGACCCUAAAUGGGAAGAUAAUGUCCCCAAUGAGUGGGGGGAGUACUGCUGGAUACUUCAACACCCUCCCAGACUUAUCGGGGUUCAGACGGCAUGAGGUGUUCCAGGAACCAAAGGAUCCUCAUGGUCGUAUUAUUUUCUCUGCAGAUGGAAGCCCAGAGAGCAAGCUGAAUGUUAAAUUUGUUCAGGACACUACCAAGUUCUGGUACAAGCCUGACAUCUCCAGGGAGCAAGCCAUCAACCUGCUAAAAGACAGAGAGCCAGGAGCCUUUGUGAUCAGAGACAGUCACUCAUUCAGGGGGGCGUACGGCUUGGCGAUGAAGGUGGCUUCCCCCCCUCCCUCUGUGCAUCAGAGCAAGAAAGGUGACAUCACCAACGAGCUGGUGAGGCACUUCCUCAUUGAAAGCAGUCCAAAAGGAGUGAAGCUGAAAGGUUGCCCCAACGAGCCUUAUUUUGGUUGCCUCUCUGCCUUGGUCUACCAACAUGCCAUCACUCCUCUGGCGCUCCCCUGCAAGCUCCUCAUCCCUGCCACAGAUCUCAUGGAAGAAACUCCGGAGGUCACAGCGACGAACCCGCUGGCUGAAAGGCUGAAACAAGGAGCAGUGCAGAGCGCCCCCGCUGAUUCCCAUGCUUGCAACGUUCUCUACAUAAACUCGGUGGAGAUGGAGUCCCUGACGGGUCCUCAGGCUGUUGCCAAGGCCAUUUCUGAGACACUGGCUGCUGCUUCCCCUCCCACCGCCACCGUUGUGCACUUCAAGGUGUCCUCCCAGGGCAUCACGCUCACAGACAACCAGAGGAAGCUGUUCUUCAGACGUCACUACCCCGCUAACACUGUCACCUUCUGCAACACAGACCCUCAGGACAGGAAAUGGAGCAAACCUGAGGGAGGCCCAGCAAAGCUCUUUGGAUUUGUGGCGCGGAAGCAGGGAAGCACAACAGACAACGUCAGCCACAUCUUUGCUGAGCUGGACCCUGACCAGCCCGCCAGCGCCAUCGUCAACUUCGUGUCAAAGAUAAUCGCCUCGCAGGCCCGAUGAGGAGCGGGGCUAACCCUCCCCCCCACCCCGGUUCUUUUUUCUUUAAAAUCCUUUGGUUGAAUUUUCUUUCCUGUCUGGCCUCUAUUUUUCACGCUGUCACCCUUUUUUCCUGCUCUGUCACCUUUCAGAUGCGUGGCUCUUCUCGGAUGGGUUUCAGAACAGAGCGGAGGAAGUGACGGAUGGGGGGGUGGGUGUGUAGAACGGUGGGACGGAGGCGUAAAUUAAAUUAAACCUCCGGGGAUGGGUAAACCGAGAAAAGAAAGAGGGAAUGAUUGUGUAUAAAUAGUAACGUUUGAGCAGUUUUUUAAACUUUUUUUUAAGAGAAAGUGAAGUUGUGUGAAGGUAGACUGUUUCUUUCAGGCUUCUCAACCAAAGAUUUGAACCAGGGAGUCAGGGCGCGAACGGUGCACCGCUCUGAGGGUCACGAGUUUUGUAAACAAAUAUGGCGGCUUAAUCCAAAAAAAAAAAAAAAGUUUCUUUCUGUAUGUAAUGAUACUGUAGGUCAACUCUGCACCAUUGCUGUCUUAGAAAAAAACAAAAAAAACACUGUUGGACAUUUUGCAGCUGGUGGGGUCUGUAAAUAUUCUGAAUGGCUUUCUUUUUUGAGUGGGACUGUAUUAGACAACAUCCGGUGCCUGACUUUGUUUUCCAAACGAAGAGCUUUGAGAAAAUCUCCACGGCGACCUAAAUAUGCAAACAGCCAAACAUGGAAAUAAGCUUGGUGCAGAGCUGAAGCUGAUGCAGGUAGCUUCGACUAUCACUGUGAGCUCAGAAGAAUCCAGCUGAUCCUCUGCAUCCACCAUCACUGCAUGGCUGCAUGUAGGCAGUUUAACUCACCCUUGACUGAAAGGCCCCGAGUUGUUCUGAGUUCAUCUUUCUUUACGGCUCUCGGUUUUUGUCUGUGGAAACAAGCAGAGUCAGAACGCUAACACUCACCCUACCCAAAAGUAAGCUAUACCUAUAAAUAUAUAUGAGUUCUAUAUAUAAACUUCCGGUGAUUUAAGAUAUUUAUUUUUUUUUGGCUUUGUUGCUUCAUUUUAACUUGUAUACCUGUAUUAUAAAGUAUACAUCCAGAUUACUAAAAGGCUUUUAUUUUGCCUGAAGUGUAUCGGCAGAAAAGUUGUAAAGCGUAUGCAUUUAAAAGUGCAUCACUGAUGUUAUGAAUGUUGCAUUUUUCACAGCUUAUUUUUUUAACACUUUUGUUUUGUUUUUUUUUGUUUGUAGGAGGGGAAAUAUUUUGUAUCAAAGAUUAUUAUUACCUAAGUCCAAAUUGGAGUUGAUCUAAAGUGAAGCCAUAGAUAAAAUGAUUUUUAACUAGAACCUGCCCAGAACAUGCUUUGUCUACAGUUAGCACUUAAAAGUUUUAACACAAUUUGAUGGAAAUUUAGACGAAACGACCUGAGGAUUAAUGUAGACGUCCGAUCAAAUAGUUUUUUUUAAUUCUGAGAUAACCUCUGAGUCAGUUUAAUCUGCUACUGAAGUAGCAGCCAUAUUCUUCAACGUUUAGGAAGAGAAGCAUUAAAGGUAUAAUGGAAGAUCUUAGCAAAUUUUUGAAAAGACCCGCCCUCUACACUUGCAAAAAAAUGCACAUGUACAACCCUGUACCCGCUUCCAAUGAGGGAACGCUUAUUAGACGCAUGCAAGAGCGUGCACAAGCCCAUUUCUCCUCGUGCACACUCUGUUUGAAAGUUCCUGUGUGCAUCACUCAUACAAGCUCACUUUCCAAAAGAAGAUUUGCAAUGUUUUCACUAUGUCAGCUUCACUACUGCUAAGUGAAAAUGGAGGCGAGCACGUACUGUAGGACAGCCUUACGUAAACAUAUCACCAGAAUGAUUGACAAUUAGGAGGACUACCUAAUAGUAGAGAACAUCCUCCACUAUACCUUUAAUUUGAAUUGAAAUUAGCUCCAUUUUAAACUAAAUGGCUGUAAAGUCGUGCUUUGGUUUCAUAUCAUCAGAUGAGCAUCCAUUAGGGCAGUGUUUUUCAACCCUGGUCCUCAAGCACACUGCCCUGCAUGUUUUAGAUGUUUCCCAGCUUCCACACACCUGUUAUCAAUUGAUAGCAGAUUAUCAGGCUUUGCUGAACUGCAAUCAUCUGAAUCAGGUGUGCUGAAGCUCAGAAACAUCCAAAACAUGCAGAGCAGGGUGCCUUGAGGACCAGGGUUAAAAAACACUGCAUUAGGGGAUGACUGAUCUGGAUCUAAUGUGGUUAUACAUGGCAUAGGUGUACAGCAAUAUGUUAAAAUCUCCUUUUCUUUGGAGAACGAUCCUGAACUGGUUCAUCCUCCAGCAGACUCACAGAGUUUGACAAGACUAAUCUACCGACAUCAACAUCUUGACGUCUAACUAGCCGUAAUCAGGACCCUUCCAGGGGUAUUGUAACUGACCAAAGGAGUUCAUGUGGCCAGUUGGUCAUGUGGUACAGAUGUUAUAAUGGCCGUAUGUUCCAAAAGACCAAUCCAAAACUAACCACACCAAAGGAAGAUGAUAACCUGAUAAAAGUGCUAAAUAUGAACCCAAUUCAGUUUGUUUAUUUCCUUUCAAAUAACAGAGGAAAGAUCUUAGGAAGAAGAACUAUUAAACCGGACUCUAUGUUUGCAGCUGUGACAUUAAAAUCCCAAAUCUUCAGUGUAUGGUUAAAUGAGACGCUAGCGCCCUCAUGUGGCGCAGAACAAUACCUACAAAACCACUCGCAGUUCUAAUACAGUGUUUUAACUGUGUUAGAUGUUUGAACAAAUUGAGUAAAAAAAAAUUAUCCACUCAUUAAGAGUAAAAAACCUAUCCUAAUGUAUUUUGUAGACAAAAGUAUAAUUUGUUUUUAAGCCAUUACAUUUUAUUUCUUGAGGACAGGUUGCCAGCAUGAUGGAUGGUCUAAAGUAUUUGGGGCCUUACAUUAAGUUAAAAAAGAAAAUGCAGCACUUACAGGAUUUUUAUAUCUUCCUAGAAUGUAUUUAUUAGCGGGGGCUUGCACGCUCAUCCAACUGUAACCUUAAUGCUGCUGACUAAUCUGUGCACAGCAUCGAGUUUUACCCAAACCAGGCCCAUAGGUAGAUUUUAAAUGCUUUUGACUCGGCUUACGUAACAAAAUAUACAUUAUUUUAUUUUUUUUUUAAACAUAAGUUUUUGCUUCCAAAGCAGUUAGUGAAGUAAACAGACUUUGAGCUGAAACUCCAGAGCGUCUGCUGACUUUAACAGAAUCCCUCUGGACUGUAGAAUGUGUAUGAAUGAGCUACGACUCCUGUAAAGAGCUUUUUCUGUUUUUGGUUUGCUACAUUGUAUGUAUUUUACCAUUUCCAAUGGAUAAAAAUAUUAAAAAGCAGUACAA